CUAUACCAUGCACUUUGGAUGCUUCAUUUGCUCUUCAUUGUGUCGAGUCCACGUGCAGUUUACACUCUUCGACACUAAGUAACGUUAGCAGUUCAGUAAAUGUUCGCAUCGUAGUUUACCAGUCGUUUACAGACACUUUGUGUGAUAAACGAUGUUUUUAAUCGUUCAAUUCAUGUAUAAUGCCUUAAUGCUUCGUCAUGAGAAUGGUUUUUUCCUUCGGAAGGUUUGUCAGAGCCAUUGAUACACAACCACGACAUGGAUGCUCCUCCUGCAAUGCAAAAACUUAGGGAUGCUUGUAAAAAGAGAGGGCCAGGUGGAGCUAAAGGACUUGGAAGGUUAGUUUGUAUACCAAUAUAUUUAGCUCAUAGCAUGGUUCUCUAUUUAGCACUAUUGGUAGGACAAAUCACAAGUGUUCAGUGCUGUAAAACUACAACAAGCAAUAAGUUGAACACUUGUUCAACCUUCAGCCUUGAUCCUAACCGUUAAAAUCAAUGUAGUGUUGAUAAUAAUUUUUCUCGUAGAAUCACGCCUCACCUACCACCAACAAAAGAGUGUAGUAAUUCUCUGAUGGCUGUAUUAGUAAUUCUUCCCGAUGGGAAAUAAACAUAGGAAACCUUGUGGUGAAAAGAAUGGAGUUAAAUUAGCAACAACAAUGUCUCAAUUAGAUCUGCUGCCUUGCGGGCCACAUACCAAAGUAUCUCCCAUGUCAGUAUAUUAACAGAUGAGAAAUUAGUGAGGGUACCACCAGAACCCAGCCAAAUUGAACACCUAAAUGAGACCAGUUGUCUUGUGUAAUUGGUAAUCAGCAGCCUGAUCUGAACAGUUAUGUAGACAAAUUGUUUAAAACUGACCAGUUCUUAAUGGCAGUUGUUGCUUUUUUGGAGCAACAAAUUGUGUGAGUUGUUCUGUGCAUAUACUAGUACUUUUUAAUAUGAAAAGUAAAAUUGGACAGUUAAACAGCCAAUGGAAAUUAACUGCCUGACUAAUGCUUACCAAUCAAAAUCAAGAGGUCUCCAGUGAGCAGCUUGAAAACACAAAAACAUAUAUUAAACUAACUUUUGGAUGAUGUGUGAAAGACUGUUGCUGUCCUGACAUAAGAAUAUUUCUUCUCUGGGUCUCUGGCACUUUGUUUUUGACAGAACUAGUUGGUAAUUGGCCAUGGUGUCCUACAAUGUAGAUGUAAUUGUGCUCAUGUAACUGGCCUUGAACUGUGUGCUCAGUUCAUUUGAAAUUAAUUGCUUGCUCCCUGAAUUGUACUUCACUCACCAUUGUUAUCAUUACUAAUAGGAUGGUGUAUAUGCUAUGUUUGUGAUUGGACACUGCAAUUGGAUAGGUUACAUGUUAGGCCUGUUUUAUUUGCACAGUGCAUGUCAUUUGUGUGGACUGCGAUCAAGAUCGCUGAGUUAAUUUCCUCUAGUAAAAGUCAUUGCUUAAGUUGUUAUUUACUUGUGAGUUUGGCUUAUUGGUAUUUUUGCCAUAGAUUUCCUCAUACUUUUGCCUAAUUGGUAACAGAUUUUUGUUAUCCAAUUUGGUCUGUAAUCCUGCUUAUCAUCAAGAAAUCAGUCUCCUUCCCUGACCCUUUAAUGCCCAUGGGUGUCCAAGAGAGAAUUUCUCUUUGCAAUAUCAAUGCAAUGUCAAGUAGAUAAGUAAUGGGGAUUGAGAUAAAGAUCCAAUAUGGAAUUAUUAAUUGAUCCAAUACCAAAUUCUUUGAACUUGGAUCAUAAGAAUUGUGUGAAAGAUGGUAAGGAAAAUUACUAAUUUAAUCAAAGGAGCUGAAGGGUUAAUCACAAGCAUCAUUACGGAUUUAGCUGAUCUUCACUUUAUCUUGAUGCUGUUUUUACAAUUUUUGCUUCAUGAAAAAAAUUAGGGAACUGCUUCUUGAUUAGAGCUAUUCAUUUUUUAAUUGCUUUUUUUUUUGUUUUUUAUUCAGAGCUUUUAGAAUCUUUGAUGAUGACUACAGCAAUUCUCUGAACUUUGACGAGUUUGUAACCGGUCUACGUGACUAUAAAGUCCAACUGACAGAUGAGGUGAAACAAUUUGAGUGAAAGCUGAAGUCCAUGUUAGAUAGUAUAUCCCAACAAAACUGAACAACACUGCAACUCUGCAAGACCCAGAUUUUCACUUAAGUGAAAAUGAACACCUACAUUUGGGAGUCUUUUUCAAGAUUAUGGGAACAGAUGAGUUGUUGAGAACAGUAGUAAAAUAUAUUUUUAAUCUGGUCUUUUCUCUCCAUUUCUCAAGGGGAGAUCACAAAUAUUGCAAAAACUAGUUUACCUCCAGUGAAAUUACACACAGUUUAACCUGUGUUAAGCUGCAUCAUAUAAAGUGGCCACCCCGUAUUAAGCAGUCAUGUUUUCAAAGCCCUGAAGUUUUUUUCCUCCUCCUUACUGUAAUUUUACCUCUAUUAAGUGGUUGUGGUCACCCUUUACUGAGUUCCCAGUGCCUGUUUGUAUUGUCCUUCAACUGUAUUGAAUGGUCACUCAAAGCAGAACCACAGAAAGAAAACUAAGAAUAAUCUUUCAAGCAAACUUGUAUCUUUAUUUAUUGUAUCUCUCAAAAUCAAUGCAAGUAGUAUUUUUUAGUAAGGUUUUUGGUUUUGUAUAAUUAGUUGUUCAUUGAAACAUGAAAUGGCAUUUUAAUUUUUUUUUAAAUACCCCUAUUCUGUGGAACCUGCAUGAAGGGAUCACCAUGCCAUUCCCCAUGGGUGACUUCUUAAUGCAGGUUUGACUGUAAAAAGGUAGAAAAUGGAUUAAAGGUGCAAGGUUAUACAUAUAUGUUGAACAGUGUGCUUAUGUGCAUCCUUUUAAUGUUGUAUCAAUAGGAAUUUCAGGAACUGUUUAACUAUUUUGAUAAAGAUAAGGGAGGGCAAGUUGACAUUAAUGAAUUCAUCAAUGCAUUCAGGGUAAGUUUCAAAUGUUACAAAUCUUUCUUCAUGCUAUAUGAUUGAUCUCUUGAAGUUCUAUUUGGAAAGCUUUUUGUUUGUCAGUAUUCAAGUAUUAUUUGCAUCUGGUGUGUAACUUUUGUUUUGUACGUGUAAAGGAUAUUUUGCACUAAAUAUUAACUGCUGCAGAAAGAAAUGUAUUUGUAUGUGAUAAAUUAUAGUUAUCAGAUAUACAGACAUUUGGAAAUGAAUUUUAAACAUUCAAAGAAACCAUGAUGUGUGAAAAGAAAGAUUCAUUUUCUUUGCUUAAUUUGUGAGGCCAAUUAAAACCAUUAACCUUGAUCUUGAGAGAUUUUGCCAUGAUGCUAUUGCAGCCAGACUGAACCACUUAUCGACACAAUUUUGUCAUUAAACAGAAAUGUCAGACUAGAUCAGUCAGUGCUUAAACUGUUCCAACCACUCUUCUAGUUUGUUUUUGGAAAAAGUGUCAAACAAGAUCCCUAUGAAGGCUUUUCUUUUUUUGUUACAUUAACCAGCAAGACUAGUAAGUUUCAGCGGUUGAUAAGUAACCCAUUUGUUUGCGAAGACCAGUUACAUGAUGAUAACUGGGAGCUAGCUUUUCUAAAUCUUUCUUAAUAUAAGAGAAAAUCUUAAGACCAGACUAGUACAUGCAGAGGGUUUUGCUUCUGGUUCCAUCCCUAGAGUACACACAGACGCAUAGCUUUCUGUAUGUACCAAUAAUUUCACAGACAUAAUUUAUCCUUAGGAGCAGAAUAUUCAUCCAACACAAUAUAAAACCUGCCAAAUAUUUGGAGGCAAGAUUCCUGGGAAAAUUGAAAAAAUUUGAAAAUGCAGGCUCAUGAGACUUUGUCUUGCAAAAUGAUCUCCACGCAUGCUCCAGGAACAAACCUCUGGUGUGUAUGGGUCUUAAGUCUCUAAGAGGAUGUGAACCUCAGAACUUCAGGACUAAGAUCAGAUCUUUACCCCUUUGCUACUGCCUGACUGAUAUAGGAAUGUACAUAUGAAAAUACAUCUCUGUAGUAUAGUGGUAAUCAGAGCAUUUAAUAAUAAGGCUGAAUUCCACAAGAGGGUUUGGAUUUUCUUGUAGUGUUUGGCUCAACACAAAAUAAUGCACAUCUCAAUGACCAGACUCAAAAUUUACCUUCCAUUGUUGAUAAUUUGUAUUGAAACCUUUGUUUUAAUUCUUAUUCUUUGACUUUCUUUCAUUUUAGAAACCUUUAUCAGGGAGCAGACUCAAAGUGGUUGACCUGGCAUUCAAGAAGGCUGACAGAACUGGAGAUGGUGUGAUCGAUUGUAAAGAUAUGGAGAGGUAAGCUGUUUUUAAUUCAUUAGGAGUGCUGUGUGUGACAUUGAUGCAGCAGUGUCUCACCGAGGGGUACUAAUUGCACUCAUAGUUCAUUCUUAAGAAGGAAACUGUGAUAAGCUUAAGCCACUGGGCAAAACAAGCGGGAAGUUGGGAGAAUGUGAGAUAAGUGUAGGAAACCACGACGCAAAGCGGAGUGGUUUCCAGCUUAUCAGAAACCAUUUUACAUUUCUUUUAUAAAAUAACUAAUGAAAGAGGAACAAAAACCAUGUUUACGUACUCUCAUGUAAAUGAUUUUAUGGCCAAUCAGAGCAUAUGUACUAUUUGAAUUAUUUUAUAAAAAACAAUGUAGGUGCAAGGGACAUCUGGAACAAUCUUGGAGAAAGAGGCAUUUUUUUUUAAUGAAAAUGAUGAAGCAAUUAGUAAAUAUAAUUCUAUGCCGAUGUUGUGCUUCUAUAACCUUUAGCUCAUGAAACUUGAGCAAAAAGACGAUACAUUGUGCUACAUGACCACAAAGCACUAGUUUUUAAAGUGGCAAGUGUUGCUGCAAAUUUAAUCCCGAAAAUGUUUGAAGCUUGUAGGGUUGAUGCCUUUUUUGCAUUGAUCAGAGUACCAAUUACAGCAUAUCCACCGUUAACCCUUUGACCCCUAAGGGUGAUCAGCAUCUUUUUUCUUCCCUAGGAUAUUUUCCCUGAAUCAAACGUAAAGGUUACAAGAAUAAACAAAAUGACCACCAACUUAAGAGGGUCUGGAUUGUGAAUCAAAUUCUCCUUGUCAGCCCCUCAGGAAAUGUAUAGACAACAGUAUGGAGAAUAUGCAUACUGAUGUUAGGGUGUAAAAAGUUAAUUACCCAUCAUCAAUGGCCAUCUAUGAAAAUUGUUGUUGCAUGCUACCAACUCCUGUUACUGACACCCUUUUUGCUUCCCAAGGAUAACUGCAAAAGUUACUGACAGACGCAUUUUAUCCAUUGACGAAUUAGGUUGAAAAUAUUUGAAGUUAGAACUUAAUAUGAAUGUUUCAAAUAGAUGGCUAUUUUAGGCAGUUUUUGUAAGUGGCCCCACUAAGACACCAUUCAGUGUCACAAGGUUUGUGGCAGUGUUUACCUGCUACCCACUAUUUCUUACAACUCUGUUAAUCCUUUAACUCCCACGAGUGACCAAGACAGAAUUUCUCCUUACAACAUCAAUACAAUAUCAAGCAGACAAGUGAUGAGAAUAUAGAAAAAUAUCUAUUUGGGGAUAAUUGCUUGAUCCAUUACUUAAUUCUCUGAACUAACAUUGUAAGAAUUGUAUGGUUGACAGUAAGGAGAAUGAAACAUUUGAUCUGGGAGUUUAAGGGUUAAGUAAAUAUUAAUUCUUAGGCCAGAGUAUAGAAUGCUAUCAAAAAGAUUGUAUUAUGAUAGCACCUUUCUUGUAUGCAUUUAUCCAGUUUUAUGGCAAUGAACCCUUUUUACUUCAAAGAUCUCAUUAGUAAUUCUCCAUACUGCCUGCAAUACAAUUCUUAUGAUGUUGGUGCUGAGAAUUUCAUACUGGAUCAACUAGUAAUCCUCUGAUUGAUAUUUUUCUUUAUUCUCAUCACUUGUCUGUUGGAUAUUGUAUUGGUGAGGAGAAUUUCUCUCAGUCACUUGAGGAGUUUAAGGAUUAAAUAAGUGUCAGUAAUAUUAACUCAACUCUUGUGUCAUAUAGGUAUUACAAUGUUCAAGAACAUCCCAAAUACAAAAAUGGCGAAAUGACUAAAAAGGAGGUAUUUGAGGAGUUCCUUGAAAGAUUUGAGCCAGAUCAAAAAGAUGGAAAGGUUGGUAAAUGUUUUUUAAAAUUGAUCUCCCCUGUUAAGCCCUCUCUCUAUAUAUAAUGUACAUGUAUUUUACAGAUAGAUUCCAAGUGCUGUGUGUCUGCUCAUUAAUUGAUCCCAAAUGAGGUCAAAAUGUGAUUACAACAAAAUAAAAGGGCAUAGUUGGCAAAAUGUUGGUAAUUUUGACAUCAUGCAUGUGUCUGUAAGGACAAGUCAAAAUGAGGUACACUUGCCUAAGAAUAAAAAGUGAUUUUGAUUUCAAGGGCCACGUUUUAAAGCAGAGACAUUAUGUAUUUGAAAAUGAUCUAUUUCAUUCUCUAUUCCUAUGGAAUUGUACUCAUUAUUUUGAAGACUGUUAAAAAAAUUCAGGUUUAUGAUGAAAAUUGAGCUGCCAGGCUAGCUAACAGUAGAAAAGAACCCACAAUAAGUACAGGCACUUGAUGCUGAGGGUAUUACACCAGAGAGGGUUGACUGUGUGUACCCAUGGCUGUUAAUUGCCAUGGUUGUUUUCUGUACUCUAGUAAUGGCCUGUUUUCUUUUUUCUGUAGGUCACAAGGGCAGAGUUUUUGGAGUACUAUGCUUGCCUUGGAGCAAACAUUGAAAAUGAUGCCUACUUUGACCUGAUGGUCAGAAGUGCAUGGAAAUUAUAGUUAAUUUCAUCCUGGUCUAUUGUUUCUUACUCAUAGUUUCAUUUAUGCAGAUUGUGGUUGACCUUGCCGGUCAGUCUUAAAAAUGACUUAAAGAGCAAGUAAGAGAUAUGAAAUGUGAUGCAACUCUCAAACAGAUGUAAAAUUGUAGUGGACAUUUGAAUUUAGAUUGAAAACAGCUACAAUUUGCAGUAUGGUGAGGUGCAUCAGUCCAUUAGUGCUCACAAGUCAACUGAGAAUUUUUUUGUUAUCA